UUCUGACACUUCGGAACCCUUCGGCUAAGUUCGACCGGGCGCGACCCCGACGCGCUAAAUUCAAACCGCACGCACUGUCAAUAUACACGGUGACUCAAAAACACGCAACUUGCAAUUAGCACCGAAACACACUUUUCACGCUGCUGUUUUCACCAAAACACCAUUUAACCACUUAAAGUCGAAAAUUGCGUUAAACCCUCUAACUGGCUGGUAUUACUGUCGUGCGUCGGGUCAAAACCACAUAUUCGAUUAGUUUCAUGUGUAAAUUAAUGUCUGUACUAGGCGUGUUAUUGGGAGCGGCCACAGAACCACCCCUCAUUUCAAUUAUUCCCAAUCCACCUCAUCAUGGCCACGUUCUAUGCGAAUCCCAACGACACAAACGAGCCCUGGAUAGAGAAAGCAGCAUUCAAUGGCUUUAGGAAUUGGCAUGUUAUGUUCUUCUGCUUCUCUGGACUCACUAUUUUAAUCAUCCUAAUUUGCUGCUGCGUCAAGUUCAGAGUACCUAGAACCAAACAAGAAAUCGAAGGUGAUUACAGGCGCAAAAAAUUGGCCGAGAAAUUUCAAGAACGUCUUCGCAUGAUUCAAAAUCAAGAUAUGGACGUGCUAGAUUUAGAACAAGCCCUGAAGCUCAUACAAGAAGAUUUUGACCAAGAAAACGCGAAAAUCCGAGAGAACACUACGAUAGAGAUAAACCAGAAAAAUAACAACGGAGAGACUCCACAACAACCCAAAUGUGCUAAAAAAUUCGCGGACAUCAUGCUAGCUGCAAGAGUACAAUCGCAAUCCACAACCGAAUGAAUACAAUUUUAAAUUCAGCGCGCUUCACCGACACUGCCUGUUUUAUCGACAAAAAUUUGGAGGGAAACGUCGCGACGCACAAGCUAACAUUAGCUACAUUUGUAAGAAAAAUAUGAAAUUUGCAGUGCUGGAACAGUUUUGAAUUAUUAUUCUUCAUAAUAAACUACAACUAAAACCUA